CACUCUCCCAAUCAUCAGGUGCCCAUUCAGUUCGUCCGUGUCGCUCAACGCCUAUUAUAAAAGCAAAAUCACCAUCAAGAUUAUCCCCCGCCUGCAGCAUCUCAGAAUGGCCGGUGCUGGGGCCACCAAACGAGCAGCGUCCCCCAGUCGCGCCAUCUCUCCGCCUCCGGUCAAGCGAAAGGUGGAAUCCACCAUCACUAAGAGAGCUGUGUCCUCGUUUUUCACCCCUGCUUCACAAAAGAAACCCGAGCAGAUCACUUGGCGCGUGGUGAACAACAGCGCCAUAAUAGGUAAGUAUGUCGCUGAAGCCGAGCGCAAACAGACGGCCGAAAAGCCCAAAGUCGCUGCCUUUGAUCUGGACUCGACCCUGGUGUCCACAGCAUCAGGAAACACAUUUCCUAAAAGCUCAGCAGACUGGAAGUGGUGGCAUAGUACGGUGCCGACCAAACUCAGAGAGUUAAAUGAGAAGGGAUAUUAUGUGAUCGUCAUAACGAACCAGAAAAAGAUCAGCUUGAAAAAGGAGACCAAGGUGGGCAACGGCGACUCCAAAAGUCUUACAAACUUCAAGGAAAGAGCUGCUGCCGUUAUGAAGCAACUGGAUAUCCCAAUGAGCGUCUACGCUGCCACAGAAGAUGAUGGUUACCGGAAACCCAGAACAGGACUGUGGACAGAGUUCCUAGACGAUUACGACUUUGACAUUUCUGGUGUCGACCUCCGCCAUUCUGUUUUUGUUGGCGAUGCCGCUGGACGGCCGAGAGACCACUCGCAAGUAGAUCGUGGGUUCGCUAUCAAUGCUGGACUGUCCUUCAAGACCCCCGAGGAAUUUUUCCUGGACGCUGAUCCAGAACCACUCGUGGAACCGUUCGACCCGUCCACGUAUCUGCAAGAAGCUCCUGGUGACGAUGUGUCGCCUCCCUUUUCCGGAGAGAGCCCACUUGAAUUGGUGAUCUUCUGCGGCAGCCCGGGAGCGGGCAAGUCAACGUUCUACUGGGACUAUUUAGAACCCUUGAACUACGAACGAGUCAACCAAGACCUCCUCAAAACUCGCCCUAAGUGCAUAAAAGUGGCAAAGGAACACCUUGCAGCCGGAAAGUCUGUGGUGGUUGAUAAUACCAAUGCCGACGCAGAGACGAGAGCCCAGUGGGUUGCAGUGGCUAGGGAGUUCAAGGUGCCGAUUCGCUGCGUAUAUUUCACUGCUUCCCCGACCCUCUGCCGGCAUAACAAUGCGGUCCGUGCCGCUAACCUAUCCCUGAAUCCGGAAUCCCGUACCCUUCUUCCCGGUAUCGCCUUCGGGGACUUCCUUCGUCGUUUCAAGGAGCCUUCCAUGGACGAGGGUUUCAAAGAUAUCAUUCGGGUAGAGUUCCAGUUCCGGGGAGAUGAGGAAGCAAAGCGUCUUUGGAGCCAGUACUGGGUGUAAACAGUGAUAAACAGCUUUAUCACGAGGCAUUGCGCUGCAGUCACUCAGUCGUUCGUUGUAUGGGUUUUGCUCGGGCUUGGUCGGUUUUUUUGUUCCGGCAAAGCCACCGUCCCCGCCCCCAUCAACUGCUGGCUUUGUAUCUGCAGACAUCUUCCCAGCAGCGAGGAUCAAGAGACUUGUAUAGCGGUUCCAGGGAAUCCUGGGAGGGUAGGAGGUUUGCAGCUAUCGUGAAUAUAAAUGUC